AUGAGCUCUCAGGUUGGCGCUAUUAAUUCGGUGAGCGUUCUUGUAGCUAAGGUCUUCAAGCAGCCUAAAGGAGACUUUGCGGAUAGACUCAACUCUCGGAUUACGGUAUGUCUGUUAGCCUUGUCGUCGGUGUUGCUGCUAUCGUCGCACUUUAUGGGGGAUCCAAUCACAUGUUGGACCCCGGCUCAGUUCACUAAACAAUGGUCUGAUUUUGUCAACCAAUACUGCUAUGUGCACGGCACGUAUUUUGUUUCGCUGAACGAAUCUCUUCCUUUUCUGGACGCACAACGACGAAAAGUUCCCAUCAAUUAUUAUCAGUGGGUGCCGUACAUAUUGGCCGUACAGGCGUUCCUCUUCUACAUGCCACGGUUCGUAUGGAAAUCUCUGAUUGCUAUAAGCGGAUAUGAUCUAGCCGGUGCUAUUCAAUAUGUAGAUGGAUGCUGGAAUAUUGUAAAAUCAAACGAGACGACUUUUAAAGAAAGGAUAGCUGCCUUUGAGGGACGAGCGUCUGCUUAUGUAUGGGAUGGCUUGAGGCUGGCAAGAAAUAAAGGCAGUCAGGAUAUGGCACUCUACUAUACCAUUUCCACGGUAAUACAAUCGUUAAACGCAUGGAUCCAGUGGUUUUGGUUGAAUUCAUUGCUGCAAUCGCCGCUUUACACACUUUGGGGACCAUCACUUGUUCACGAUUUGAUUCGUGGAGACGAUUGGCAGGUAACCGGACAUUUUCCGCGUAUCACUCAUUGUGAUUUCAAUCGACGACGUCCAGCAAGUGUUCAACUUGACACGGUACUGUGCGUUUUGACGCUGAACAUCUACUACGAAAAACUGUUCAUCUUCCUGUGGUUCUGGUUGCUUUUCGUAGCAAUUGUUUCCACAUCGAACUCAAUUUAUUGGAUUGGAAGCAUCUGUGUCAGCACAAAGGCUCGUCGUGUCAUAACUGACUAUUUGGCCACUGAUCCGAGUACUCAAACCGGUCGACUAUCCACUGAACAAUUCUUCAGGCUACUCGGCAAAGAUGGCCUAUUCGUUCUACAUCAAAUGUCACUGAAUUUAGGAGAUAUUCCAGCAAGGUUUAAGGAAUGUGUACCGGCUUCGACAAUUUUCUCCGCAUACAGACCGAAAACUAAAAGAGCGAAGAAACAUCUUACUCAACACUUUUACCAAGCACUGUUAUGGCCCAAAGUUCGAAAGCUUCGAAGAUAA